CGGGCCGGCCCGCGCUCCCCCGGGGGCCGCGUGCACCGGCUGCUGCGCAAGGGCAACUACGCGGAGCGGGUGGGCGCCGGCGCCCCGGUGUACCUGGCGGCCGUGCUGGAGUACCUGACGGCCGAGAUCCUGGAGCUGGCGGGCAACGCGGCCCGCGACAACAAGAAGACGCGCAUCAUCCCCCGCCACCUGCAGCUGGCCAUCCGCAACGACGAGGAGCUCAACAAGCUGCUGGGCAAGGUGACCAUCGCGCAGGGCGGCGUGCUGCCCAACAUCCAGGCCGUGCUGCUGCCCAAGAAGACCGACAGCCACAAGGCGAAAAGCAAAUAA